AGAGGUCAUCGAAUCGGCGUAGGGUCCGUCGGGAGGGUGGCGGCGGCGGCGCAGGUGCAGGUGUAGUGAGGGGCGGCGGGAUGGAGGCGCUGUGGGCUCUGCUGGACGAGGUGGCCCUGGAGGGUCUGGAUGGGAUCACGCUGGACACUUUAUGGUACCGGCUGAGCAGCCGCGUCCCGCCCUUCCCGCUACCUCUGGAGCCCGCCACCCAGCAGCUCCUGUGGGCUGCCCUGAGCGCCCAGCCCGGGCUCAGCUUCUACCUGUUACCGCGGGAGCGGCCCCCCCUCCGCCUGCACGAUCGGUAUGAAGAAAUAGAUCUUGAAACAGGAAUACUGGAAACAAAAAGAGAUCCUGUCCCUCUAGAUGAUAUUUAUCCUGUCCAUAUGAUUUUGGAUAAUAAGGAUGGCAUUCAGGGUUCAUGCCAAUAUUUUAAGGAGAGACUAAAUUAUACUGAUCAAAUUAGGACAAAGGAUUUGCAGCCUUGUUAUGCCUACACAGAAGCCUAUGAAAAGUUUGGGGAGAAAUUAGUCAUCGUUGCUUCACAGGUUCUGCGCUACAGGGCUUUAAUUGGCUGGGAGGGGGAUCCAGACCUAAAACUCCCAGACUUCUCCUACUGCAUUUUGGAGCGAUUAGGUCGUGCUAGAUGGCAAGGGGAACUUCAGAGAGACCUUCACACUGGGGCUUUCAAGGUGGAUGCUGGUAAAAUGCAUUAUCACAGAAGAGUAUUAGACAGAAAUGGUCUCAUUUCAAUGCAGUCCCAUGUCAUAAGACUACCAAGUGGAGCCCAGCAGCACUCCAUUCUUCUGCUUUUGAACCGCUUUCAUGUUGACAGGAGGAGUAAAUAUGAUAUCCUUAUGGAGAAGCUCUCAAGUGUGCUGAGCACUCGAUCAAACAAAAUGGAAACAUUGGGGAAUCUGAGGGAAGAACUGGGUCUCUGUGAAAGAACAUUCAAACGUCUGUAUCAGUAUAUGAUGAAUGCUGGCCUGGCCAAAGUAUUAUCUACCCCGUUACAGGACUUGCACCCUGAUGGUGGACCCUAUAAAACAAAGAAAGGGACUGAUAUCAUGGUCCGAUGCCUCAAACUAGUGAAGGAAUUUCGAAAAAAAGUGGAUGAUUACCACGAUGAUGAGGAGGAAGAGAUGAUCACAAAAACUGUCCAGCCUGUAGAUAUUAUUUAUGAGCGGGAUAUGCUUACGCAGGCUUAUGAGCUAAUUGAAAGUAGGGGAACCAAAGGAAUUUCUCAGGCGGAAAUUCGAUCGGCUAUGAAUGUGGGGAAGCUAGAAGCACGGAUGCUUUGUCGUCUUCUAGAGAGAUACAAAGUUGUCAAGGGAUUUAUGGAAGAUGAAGGUCGGCAACGAACAACAAAGUAUAUUUCACACGUUUUUGCAGAAGAGAGUGAUUUAAGCCGUCAGUUUGAGAGGGAGAAGGCCCGGAGUGAACAGUUAGCGACAGUUAGCUUGGCUCUAGUGCAUGAAGACUCCCUGCCUGAGGAAGAUCUGUCUCCUGUAGAGGAAGACACUUUCCUCUCAGAAUCAGAUAAUGAGGAAGAGAUGAAAUACAACAAGAAACGAGAAAAAGGAGUGAAGGCCAACUCAGAUUCACUGCUGAAAUUCAGUUUCCGAGAUGGCCCCCAUCAGUCAACGCCAACUAAAGGCUGCAAGUUCCAAGCCACGAAGACCCCGGUGAAGAAGCUGCCUUCCCCCCACCUUCUUGAAGAUCCCGAUGAGCUCCCUGAUGGAUUUGCAGAGGAGGAUUCUAGUUUGGACACUAUAAAGCAGGAAUCUAAUCUCUCUCUAGGCACUCAUUCCAUAGAUGAAGAUGGGGAUAUGACUGUGAUUGAGGAGGUCAGGCUUGAAGACCCCAAGAAGAACGCUGAGCAAAAAAAGGAAAAGCGCUCCAGAACCACUGCAGUGGAGAGAUCUCAUGAAACAUACCGGCUACUGAAGCGCCGAAAUCUCAUCGUAGAAGCUGUCCGAAACCUCCGCUUAAUCGAAAGCUUGUUCACGCUUCAGAAAAUGAUCAUGGAUCAGGAGAAGCAAGAAGGUGUUUCCACUAAAUGCUGUAAGAAGUCCAUUGUUCGACUGGUACACAAGCUUUCCCAAGAAGGGCUCCUCAGACUCUACCGCACAACAGUCAUUCAAGAUGGCAUUAGCAAAAAGGUAGAGUUUGUAGUUCACCCUUCGGUGAAUCCUAAUGACCCCCUGGUAAAAAGUGCCAUUGAGCAAGUGCGCUUCCGGAUCUCCAACUCAAGCACAGCAAACAGGAUUAAAGUUCCCCAGACACCAACACCGCAAGAGCAUUUAGAGGAAGAUAGUCUGGGGCAAGAGACUGCUGCUGUAUCAGGGGAAAUGUAUCACGCUGAAAAUAAUGGCCGGGCAAGGAAAACUGAUGAGAAAAUGGGCAUAAUGCAGCUAAAAAAUUAUCACCCUGUUACAGUUCCAGGACUUGGGCGUUCCCUUGGCUUUCUUCCCAAAAUGCCUCGUUUAAGAAUGGUCCACAUUUUCCUCUGGUACCUAAUUUACGGGCAUCCUUUAAAUGGGCAGCAACAGAAAGCAUGCUAUGAUGGUGAGAAAAGAGGCAGCCCGCAGGUACUAGACACAAACACUUUUGUACCUGAAACCCAUCCAAGUGCAUCAGGAGAUGAUGAUGAUGAGGUUUCACCAGAGACUACGUGCAUGGGGAAUCAUGAAGUCCCUGCACGGGAGUCUGAGGUGGAUCUGUGUAAUGAGACAGUGUAUGUGGAUGAUAUUUCGUGGAUGCGCUACAUCCCUCCUCUCCCAGUACACAGGGAAUUUGGGUAUGGCUGGGCUCUUGUUAGUGACGUUCUUCUUUGCCUACCUCUCUCCAUCUUUAUCCAGAUAGUGCAAGUCAGCUACAAGGUGGAUGGGCUUGAGGAUUUUUUAAACAAUCCUCUAAAAAAACACACACUGAUCAGAUGUCUUCCGAGGUCAGUCCGACAGCAGCUUCUUUAUAAGAGGAGAUACAUCUUUUCAGUGGUGGAAAACCUGCAGAGGUUAUGUUGCAUGGGGCUACUACAGUUUGGCCCAACUGAGAAAUUCCAAGAUAAAGAUCAGGUAUUCGUCUAUAUGAAGAGAAAUGCAGUGAUUGUUGAUACUACUAUCUGUGACCCUCACUAUAACCUGGCUCAAAGCAGUCGCCCAUUUGAGAGACGUUUGUAUGUUUUGAACACUAUGCAGGACGUAGAAAACUUUUGGUUUGAUUUGCAGUGUGUCUGCCUUAAUACUCCAUUAGGAGUCGUCCGCCAUCCUCGUGCAAAAAGAUGUAAUCUUCAGGGUGAGGAGACCAGCAACACAUUGGAUGUGCAGAUGGAACAGGAGUCAGCAGUGGAUAAACACAAUCUUGAACGAAAGUGUGCAAUGGAGAAAUACACCUCAGGAAGUCGAGAGGUGGUGGAUGAUGGAUGUAUUCCUGGGGAUGGGAUGGGAGCUGGGGGUCUGGAUUCCAGCUUUUAUGGACAUUUAAAACGCAAUUGGAUCUGGACAAGCUAUAUCAUUAAUAAAACUAGGAAGGAAAGUGCCGUUCCUGAAAAUGGACUUACAGUGAGACUCCAGACUUUCUUAACAAAACACCCUCUUCCACUCAGUACUGGAGGUAAUAAAAUAAACAUUUUGGGAGAUGCAAGGGAAGGCGCAAAGUCCCCUGUGCAGAAGGAAGAAUGUAUUGAGAUUGAUAAAGAAGCAACGCAGAAUAGAACCAAGAGAGUGAGGGGUGGAAAAAACCAGAAACGUAAGAGGCUUAAGAAAGACACUGGGAAGAAGACAAAGAAGAAAAAGAGAGAGGAGUCUGUAGAAAAAAAUAAAAAGCUGCGCUACCAUGAUGAGGCUGACCAGAGCGCCCUGCUGAGAAUGACGCGCCUACGUGUCACCUGGACUGUGCAGGAAGACAGCCUGCUGAUGCUAUGUCGAAUCGCCAGUAAUGUGCUAAACACAAAGGUGAAAGGACCGUUUGUUCCGUGGCAGGUUGUCCGAGAUAUCAUGCAUGCCAGCUUUGAAGAAUCUUUAGAUAAAACUUCUCAUUCUGUUGGACGAAGAGCUCGCUACAUUGUCAAAAAUCCACAAACCUAUCUUAAUUAUAAAGUUUGCCUUGCUGAAGUUUACCAAGAUAAAGCUCUUAUUGAGGAUUUCAUGAAGAGGGAAGAUAACUACCAAGACCCACAGGUGUGUGCAAGAGAGUUUAAAGAUUUUGUGGAGAGACUUAAAGAGAAAUUCAGUUCAACCCUCGGGAAUCCCAAACUCGAAAUUCCAGAUACAUUGCAGGAGCUGUAUUGCAGGUUCAGAGUUUUGGCCAUUGGAGAUGAAGCAAAUCAAAGCAUCAAACAGGAUGCUCUCAACAGUAUCUAUGACAUUCACUUCCUGGUGCUCCAGAACCUGAUUCAGAGUACUUUGGCACUCUCAGAUAAUCAAAUGAAGUCCUGCCAGUCAUUUCAGACCUUUCGGCUGUACCGUGAGUACAAGGAUGACAUUCUUGUGAAGGCUUUCUUAGAAUGUCAGAAGAGAAGUUUGGUCAAUCGCCGUCGGGUUAACCAUACCCUGGGUCCAAAGAAAAGCCGGGCUUUGCCCUUUGUGCCUAUGUCAUAUCAACUAUCUCAAAGCUACUACAGAGUCUUCACAUGGCGGUUUCCCAGUACAAUUUGUACAGAAUCCUUCCAGUUCCUAGAGAAGCUCAAGGAAACUGGAAAAUCAGACGAACCAGAUAGCUUUUCAUUCAAGGAUCAAGACGCCAAAGAUUCAGCAGGCAUGCUAGCUUUUCCUAUGGAUGGCCCCGGAGGUCAUUGUGUAGCAAUUCUUUCCCUGUUCUCCAUGGGUCUUAUUUCUGUGGAUGUGAGGAUCCCAGAGCAAAUAAUCGUGGUGGACAGCACUAUGGUGGAGAAUGAAGUCAUCAAAAGUUUGGGAAAAGAUGGUCUUGAGGAUGAUUAUGAUGAAGAUGAUGACUUGGAUGAGAGCUCUGGAAACAAACGGAGAAUAGAGGUAAAAGCUCGUCAAGCAUCUCAUACCAAUUACUUACUCAUGAGAGGGUACUAUGCACCAGGAAUCAUCAGCACACGCAAUCUGAACCCCAACGACAAUAUCGUGGUCAAUUCUUGCCAAGUGAAGGUCAAGCUGAGAUGUGCCCCAAUGCCAGGGAGGCUCAGUACCUCAGUUCCUUCUGUGGUUGAUAACAUGGCUGUAGGAAUCUCCUGCCUUCCUGAUGCUUUUACCAGGCUGCUAAAAGUCCAGGAAGCCACUUACGAUGCAGAUCAGUUUGUCCUCCAGUGUACAGAGUGUUAUGGGUAUAGCUCCAAAGAUGUAUCUGCUGUCCUGGAGAUCCGUAAUGUUAUUGAGGCAUCCUCUUCCUUCGGGAUUGACAAGGCAGAGCUGGGCAAACAGUUCCACUGCUAUGAAGAAGCUGACACCGAACGCACCAGGAGUUUACAGCAAUAUAUUCAGGACCUCCUCAAGAUGGAACAGGUGUUAGAAGUGGGAGGGAACACUGUACGUUUGGUUGCAAUGACAUAUGCCAAACCGUGGCUGUUGUAUUCAGUGUGUCUGAAGAAUAAAGGUGGUGGUGCUGGUCUGCAGGGCAAAGACUCCGUCACUCACUUGGAUUUGCAGCAGAACUCUCAGCAGCCAGAGCCAAAGAAACGGGUGGCAUCUUCAAGGGAAGAGGGACAGCCUGGCACAGUCUUAAGACCUGUUGUCAGUGAUGAAGGACCCUCAAGGAAAAGAUUCAAGACUCAACAUGGUGGGCUUCAAGAUGGCACUGAAGUCCAUCAGGACAUAAAGAGCUGUUCAGAAGGAGCAACUGAAGCAGCCCCUGAUGCAAGUUUAACUGAGCCCACGCAGGUGAAAGGGGUGUUAGUUGCACAUAAAGGAAUGGGUCUUUUCAGAGAGCAGACAGGCCACUAUGUGCAACACCCUGUGCAUGGACCAGAAUCUGUCACGGAUAAAGAUAAAGAGCAGGAUAAAGCCAAUUCUGAAGAACAAGAGACUGCAGUAGAUGUUAGUGUUGCAGCUAAUGAGGAGGAAGGGCAGAUACCUAGCUCUGAACAUACAGCCAGAGAUACAGCUUUGAACAUGUCGCUUGAUGAUGCAUCUCACCCACAGGAAAGUUCUGAAGUCUCUAAAGAAGAUUCUUUGACAAAUCUACCCCAGGCAGUACGGGAAAGGGCCUGUGAGAAUGUCUGUUUCAUUGGGAGGCCAUGGCGAAUCGUGGACGGGACUCUGAAUAAACCAGUGUGUAAAGGAAUGAUGGAAGCUGUGCUCUAUCACAUCAUGACAAAGCCCGGCAUAACGGAAUACACCUUGCUGCAACAUUAUGUGGGGGUUCUUCAGCCUGUUUCUGUCUUGGAGAUACUACAGGGCUUGGAAGCCCUUGGCUGCAUCAGAAGAUUCUGCAUGAAAAAGCCCUCAGCAAUAUCACUCUUCUCUCGACCUGUUCCUGAAGAAGAGCUAACCGACUCCAAACUGAGUGAGACUCCAACAAUAUUUUAUGAGCCUACCAUAGACUGUACUCUGAGAAUGGGCAGAGUGUUCCCAUACGAAGGCAACUGGAAUAAAUGGGUGCAGAUAUGAUCCAUGUAUGAGAGAUGGCAUGGUGCGUCAUGCUUGUCCAGCCUGCGUUGGUAAAUGCUAAUGGAGGUGAACCUUCUGGUGUGUCCCGUAACUUGUGCUCUGCUUGUCAUUUUGUCAUGUUUUGUUAAAUAAAUUUUGUUUCUUAUUGGGAAUUA